AAUUAUUAUUAUUAUAUAAAUGGAGGAACACGUCCACCUGAUUUUAAAUGACGAGGGAGAAGAUAUAACAGAUUCAAACAAGGCAGCAAAGUUUAUCCAGGAGCUCAAAGCGAACAUUUUGGGCAACUACUCCCGGUGUAACUUGAAACUGUCAAAACUUCGUUCCAGACAUAAACCCUUAUACACUACGGGAUCUCGCGAAAAUAUCUCUCUUGGGAACUUCCAUUUUAGGCGUAUUUUUUAAUUCACUGGGAACUUGCAUUUUGUUUUCAAUCUGUGUUUUGAUUCGGUUGCAGCAUCCUUGGGAGGAGCAGUUGGACGAAAAAUAAUUAUUUAUUUUGUUACUCCCUGUAAUGUUAAAACUAUCAGGAGCUUUUGGAUUUAAGUAUGAGGAAUGUCUUGUUUAUUUUUAUCUUUGAUUCCUUCUUUGAAGAAAAUUUUCCUCAUUUUUACACUAUAAAAAAUAAUAUUUUCUCAGAUCAUAAUUUUAUUUCAGUUAUUUAUUUAACUAGAGAUUUAUUUUUUGCUGUUUUAGUAUGAUGGAUUAACAAUAGGUAGUGCUUACUAAACACUUCCUUUGAUUACUGAGGG